CAAGCAGAGCCGUUCAGUUGGCUUUUGUUGGGUUUGCACUCUCAGCCGACAUUUUCUUAGGAGGGUGUGGGGCCCCCCCCCCUGCCAAUCACAAGACGGCUAUUAUGGGCCUGGUGAAGAGAGCACAAGGCAACUUUGGCUUUUGGGGGGAGAUUGAAGGGUAUAUUGUUCUAAGAGUGUCUGGAGAUGUUGAGGAAGAUUGACGCAUCUCUUGGCGGUUAGGGGCAAGUAAGGUGGAAUCAAGGAAGGACAGCUGCUUCAAGACUGACUUGUUGAAAGACAUCACCAACAGCAAGGAGGAAGUAAUCGAUGCCAUGGCUGGAGAUGAGCAUUUGCUAGAGAAGCAGGUUGCAGAAACAAACGGUUCCCUUGAUGCAGACGAACCCAAGGAUCUCUCCGUACCUCUGCUUGGCACACAAGACGGCAGAAAGCUUUCCCAUCAGGACUCUACAUUUAAAACCAGCUGGAUUGCAGAGAAUGGAUUGUGUGAGCGUGAAACAGGGGACAACAGACAUUAUCUUCUAAACACAAUCAAUCCCAUGCAGACUUCUUUAACUGGGAGCAAUGGUUAUAUUUUUAACAAAUCUGUUGCCCUUGAACAGCCUUUAAGGACUACUAGUUCCUCUCCGCUCAGCGGCCAUGCUGCUAAGACACUCCCAGGAGCUGCCGCUAAAGCCAAGACUGCUUCUCCUUUAUAUAUUUCCCCACCCACAUCUCCCGUCCCUCACCAAACUGGAGAUCCUAACAAGGAUGACUUGAAAAUCCACAGAGCACGGAAAACCCUGCCCAAGCUAGUAUGCAAUUCGCCUGUACACAAGGACCCCAAAGAAUCUACAGAUCAAAAAGAAACCAAGGAAGACAGUGCCCCCAAAAAUGGUUUGGAGUGUGCAAAACCGUCAACACCGGCCCAUUCAGUGGCUCUGCAACAGAUGCUACCUCAGGCUCUGAGCUCUGUGACCUCCUAUACAAAGUCUCAGACAGCUGUUGGGGUGUCUCGAAAAAAGAAGCGACGGAUGGGGACAUACAGUUUAGUACCUAAGAAGAAGACCAAAGUUCUUAAGCAGAGAACUGUCCUCGAAAUGUUUAAGAAUAUGUCUCAUUCCUCUACUAGCCCUAAGAGUGACAAAGAAUUAGAGACCUCUCAUGUCAAUGGGGAGAAUGCAGAGAUGGAUUCUGAAGAUGAAGAGUCAGAUGAGCUUGAGGAAGAUGAUGAUCACAGCGUGGAACAUCAUUUAUCAGAAAGCCAGGAGGCUCAUAGUGUCACUAAAGAGAACACACAAGAAGCUGAUGGUUUAAAGAAGUCAGAUGACUUAGAUUAUGAUGAAGAAGGGGAGUCUGCGGAAUCACUUGAUGAGGAAGAUGAAGGAAAUGAGUCUGAUUUAAGCUCUGAGUCAAGUUCAAAGAGGAAACAGCAGAACAAAGGCCAAACAGAUAACGCAUGGUUGAAACCUUCCAGAAAACGGAAACGGAAAAACAAGCCAAAUCCUAGCCCCAUUCUUGGAGAGCACCAGCAACCCAGCACAGAAUACACUGAAGUGUCUCUGGACUCCCUGGAUCUGAGAGUUAAGGAGAUUCUGUCCCCGGAAUCCAAAGGGCUCUCUAAUGGCUCUGAAGCUAUGGAGCUGGAGGGUCUUCACGAGAUCCCGCUCUGCAGCUGCCGAAUGGAGACCCCUAAAGAGGAUGAGGUGUCUGCAACAGCUGGGGAUGGCUGUAUGGCUAUAGAGAGCACAAACCAGGAGUUGAGUCUGUGUACGAAGAGUGUGGUAAAGCAAGAGUUAAUGAGACCAUCCAACAAAGUGCGCCAUUUAGUGCUUUGUGAGGAUCACCGCGUGAAGAUGGUCAAUCACCAAUGCUGUCCUGGCUGUGGUUAUUUCUGCACAGCGGGGACUUUCAUGGAAUGUCAGCCAGAAACCAGCAUCUCUCACAGGUUCCACAAAGGUUGUGCAACAAUGGCGAACAAAACCAGUUUCUGCCCUCAUUGUGGGGAAGAGGCCUCUAAGGCGAAGGAAGUCACCAUUGCAAAUGCAGAUACUACAUCCAGUGUGUCUAAAGUGAUGCACCAGAAGGUUAAGGAAAGCCCUUCUGAGGGCCAGGCGGACACUACAACAGGAAGUAACUUAACAGUCCAGAGGAAGCAAGAAGAGGCUAAACACGAAAGUCCAGUUGCCCAGGCCAGCGAAACCACAGAAGCUUCUGAGCACCAGAGCACCGGGAAGUCUCCUGUCGCGUCCCAGGGACCCGUGAAAGAAACCUUAGAAAGCGCAUUACUUGCUCUUGACUCCGAAAAACCCAAAAAACUGCGCUUCCAUCCAAAGCAGCUGUACUUUUCUGCUCGGCAAGGGGAACUGCAAAAGGUCCUAAUGAUGCUAGUUGACGGCAUAGACCCUAACUACAAAAUGGAACAGCAUGGCAGGAGAACGCCAUUGCAUGCUGCCGCUGAGACUGGGAACAUUGAUAUCUGCCAUAUGCUUGUCCAGGCUGGAGCUAACCUAGAUAACUGUUCAGAAGAACAAAGAACCCCAUUGAUGGAAGCAGCAGAAAAUAACCACUUAGAAACUGUGCAUUACCUUGUCAAGGCUGGAGCCCUUCUGGACCCUAAGGAUUCUGAGGGAUCCACGUGUUUGCAUUUGGCCGCCAAGAAAGGUCACUUUGAAGUUGUGAAAUAUCUACUCUCGAACACCCAAAUGGAUGUCAACUGUCAGGAUGAUGGUGGGUGGACCCCAAUGAUUUGGGCUACAGAAUAUAAACAUGUGGAAUUAGUAAAACUGUUACAUUCCAAAGGAGCUGACAUCAACAUUCGAGAUAAUGAGGAGAACAUUUGCCUGCACUGGGCAGCUUUUGCAGGAUCUGUUGAGAUUGCAGAAAUCUUGUUAGCCUCUAAAUGCGACCCGCGGGCAGUGAAUAUUCAUGGAGACUCUCCGCUUCAUAUUUCUGCACGUGAGAAUCGUUACGAGUGUGUAAUACUCUUCCUAUCUCAUGGCUGUGAUGUGGGACUGAAGAACAAAGAGGGAGAGACUCCCUUGGAAUGUGCCAGUCCCAACUCUCAAGUGUGGGCAGCUUUGCAGAACAGCACGCAAUCCCCAGAUAGACCCUUACAAAACGUUGUAAACAGGGACAUAUCAAGAGGUUAUGAGAACAUCCCAAUCCCUUGUGUCAAUACUGUGGAUUCAGAGCCGUGUCCCUCCAACUACAAGUAUGUGUCACAGAUCUGCGUCACGUCUCCACUCAACAUAGACCGCAACAUUACUCAUCUUCAGUACUGUGUUUGUAUAGACAAUUGCUCCUCCAGUAACUGCAUGUGUAGCCAGCUCAGCAUGAGAUGUUGGUAUGACACAAAUGGGCGCCUUUUGCCAGAGUUCAACAUGGUGGAGCCCCCUCUUAUUUUUGAAUGUAACCACGCCUGCUCCUGCUGGCGGGAUUGUCGCAAUCGUGUUGUACAGAACGGGCAGAAGGUGAGGUUGCAGCUCUUCAGGACCAAACAAAUGGGCUGGGGAGUACGAUCACUGCAAGACAUUCCUAUGGGAACUUUUGUGUGCGAAUACGUUGGAGAGCUGAUUUCGGAUGCUGAGGCAGAUGUACGGGAGGACGACACAUAUCUCUUUGAUCUAGAUAACAAGGAUGGAGAAAUGUACUGCAUCGAUGCUCGAUUCUACGGUAAUAUCAGUCGCUUCAUCAAUCACCUUUGUGAGCCCAACUUGCUUCCCGUCCGGGUCUUCAUGUCUCACCAGGAUUUGCGUUUUCCCAGAAUAGCUUUUUUCAGCAGUCGGCAAAUUCAAGCUGGAGAGCAAAUUGGAUUUGAUUAUGGUGAUCGUUUCUGGGACAUUAAAGGCAAACUCUUCAGCUGCAAAUGUGGUUCUUCUAAAUGUAAACAUUCUGUCAAACUUCUUUCCCAGCGCCAGCCAGAUACGGCCCCUGAAACACCACAAGAAAACGGGCUACCCGACACUAGCCCCACCACCCCAGUAAGCACCUCUUGAGGAACAGGCAGCAAGAGACUUUUAUAGACGAUCAGCUCACCGCCCUUAGAGUACAGCAGUGGAAAGAAUAUUAUCUGAACACUUCUGGUUCUCUUGGACUUUGUAAAGUGAAAAAAAGACAUUUUGUUCCUCUUUGAAAACUGGAGGGGAGAAAAAUAAAAGCUAUUAACUUUGCAUCAUUAAAAAAACAAAACCCGAAGUGGAGGCGAAUUACCAGGCUCAGCCCUUUUCCAUUCUUCUUAACCCUUUAUCUGUCAGGAGACAUCUGCAGUGUUUUCUGCAUUGCAGGGCUUUUAGCAUUGGAGGGGGGGAUUAUAAGUGUUGAUUUGGAUCAGCUAGCUGCACAAGUGUUCUGGCAUUGAAGGGGUUAAAAGUGUGAAAGUAUUGUCACCCCUGAGGGGGAGAAUCGUAUUAAUCCUUGUGUUAUCUGUCACUCAUGCACUCAAGCAAAUUAAAUGAAAGACGCUUAUUUUUCUCCUCUUGUUCUGUCAGCCAGCAGCCUUGGGGAAGUUAAAAAAACCCAGUAAGAGUGAUAUUUAUUGACAUUUCUACCUAGCUUUUUACAUACACAGAUAUAUUUAAGGGGAAGGGAACAUUAAUCUAGAUUUAUCCUGCCUGCAAUUGUUUUAUUGGAGGUACACUAAGAAAGGUACAGCCAGGGUGACGUUUCAUUUCCAGAAUAAAAAGUCAUUUUCCAUAAUCCCAUGUUUACGGAGAUGUCUGGUGCUUUGCCGCAUCUUGUAAAGGCUGAAGACCUGUUUAAAAAUUGGACACUGAAUCUGCUCACGUAGAUGAGCCGCCUUCUGGGUUUCAUUAGAUAAUGUAAAUGAAAGAAAGAGAAAAACAAAUCACAAGUUCUACUAUGUAAGAUGUGAUGUGGUAACGGCUCAAGGUUCUUUCACAGUAAUAGUGAGAUUAUUCUGAAAAAAUAUAUAUUUGUUGGUAUGUUUAUACAGCACGGACAGGGCUGUCACAGUCUCUGGCAUCAGUUAUUGCCUUGUGUUGUUUCACUGGUCGACCUUUUCAAUCUUACUAUUUUGUAGACCCUUCUUGUUAGAAGUUAAUAACCUUAUAAUUAAGAUGGUUCUACUGGUUUAGUUAAAUGUCUUUGGUUACACCUGGAGGUUUGAAUUAUCACUUAAAAAUUGCUUGAAACUUUAAUAGCACAAGCACUAGAUAUUAUUUUUUGUCCUAGGUGUUGCCAGUAAUUUGAGUGUCUAAUACACCCAUCAGACCUUAGUGGUCCAGGUAGAUACCUCUAGUGUUGACUAACUCUAAUUGCCACAGCAGUUCUGUAUAGGUUAUUUUUAUUCAGCAAGUCCUUUUCAAUGUUUUUAUUCAGAAUAGUUGAGAUUUUCUGCUGCCUCAAUGGUUAUUUCCUUUGCUUGUAAUUUUUAGCUCAGAUGAACCAAAACAAACUUUACUCAUUAAUUGUUACUUGAUUCAAUUUUUUUUAAGCUAUCGUUUUAUUUUUCUUUCUUUCUUUCUUUUUUUUUUUUUUAAGCCAAAUUGGGCGAUCCAUUAGAGGCAGUAUUAAGGCACAAAUUUUAAACCCUUGGCUACAAGAGUGAGCUACAGAACAUUGCUUUUUGUGGCAACCUUGAAUUGAAGGUUCUUGUUGACUACUUGUUUUGAUUUAGCAGAAAAACGCUGCUCUGGAAGACUGGUUGUUUGCCUCAAUUGGAAGCCUAAUAUAUUCGUGACUGGCAAGCCACAAAGCCUUUACCAUUUUAAAAUGGCUGCAAAGUGCGUAUCAGCGAGAAUUUUUCAAGAUACUGUUAGAUACUUUACUUCAACAAAAUAAUUGCAUUUUAAACAUCAAUUCUGCCAUCCUACUCUGUACUAUAAUUCUUUAUAACUAUGAAUAAUUUCAAACAUUCAGCCAAUAAUGUUUUCUUGUCCAUUAUCUCUUUGGCUAAAGGGCAGCUGUGUCUACCAGCCAAACGGUUUACCUCCCUCCUCACCAAUAAUGUUUUACCAACUCAGUACUGGUUUGCUAUUUAAGAAGCAAAACUGGCUGUGAAAGCACAGAGGAGAAAAGAAAGCCCCACAUUUCAUUUGCUGAUUUAUAAUCGUAAAGGAGGGUGCAAACCUUGUAUUUUCAGAAUUUUCAAAAAUUUUUACAGAAAAAAAUACAGUUUUGGAAACUUAUUCAGAGUAAAUGGUGCUGAAAACGCUAAUGAUUUGUAUGCGGAACAGAUAUAAUGUUAUCAUUGUACCAUAAAAACAUGAUUUUAGGAUAAACUACCAGAAGUGAAACAUUUUUUUAAAUUGUUAGUAUUAUCGUAGUGUGAAUAAAAUUCUUUUUGUAUUUUAUUUGUUUUUUUUUCCGUUACUUUAAAAUAAACUGGCAGCAAUUUUUCCAA